AUGGGUGCAUCGAGGCCGCGCCAUUGGCUUCUCGCUGCGGUCGUCCUUACCGUCUCCUCGAGUCUGGCGAACGAGACCCAGCAGCUGUCGAGCUUCGACCCCUCCUCGGUCAUCGACGCGCUAAAAAGAGAGACUAAUCGCACCGGAGUGGCGACGCUUCGCCCGCGAAGAUACGUGCGAUAUCCCACUGGGCCUUCGGCUUACUUCUUGGACGGCGGCCCGCCGCUCGGCAGGAACCUUGGGCCGCACCCGGUCGCGCGAUUCGCACCUCAGGUCCAGUUCCCCUCGUGGCGGCAACACAAAUCCCUCUGGAGAAGCCCCGUCGCCGAUUACAACAGACCGGUGAUGGCCCAUCGAACCCCGCGCCUGAUAUUCCGAGACAACGACUUCCUGCCGCCGGGAGGCGGCGCGGCCUCCUUCUUCCAGCAGUCAAAUCAGCUGCCAGAAUUCGAGGAUGACGCCCGAGAUCACCGGAAGCAGACGCCGGAGGAUUAUCCUAGAUUGGAAACAGAGACGCGCCAACAAAAAAGGCCGCUUUGGAAAGGCGACGAUACAUUGUGCGCGGACGGACGGAGCUGCGAAUUUUUUCUAAUGUGCUGGAUGUCUGCUGGCCUAUUGGACGGCAGCUGCGGCGGCAUUAUGUUCGCGUGUUGUCAGCGGAAAGACCCUAAAGCUCUCACUGAUUAUAACCUGAUCGAGUCGCCUAGAGAUCAGUCUCGGCCGCUUCCGCUGGAUUUGUACACGGAGACCGCCAGCGACGAUCGUUGCGGCAUACCGGUCUCGAAACAAAUCGCGCAGAGGAGGAUCGUGGGCGGCGACGAGGCCGGUUUCGGUAGUUUCCCGUGGCAGGCAUAUAUACGUAUCGGAUCCAGUAGAUGCGGCGGCACAUUGGUCAAUCGGUUCCACGUUGUCACCGCAGGACAUUGCGUUGCAAAAGCGUCAGCGCGACAGGUGCAGGUGACCCUCGGCGAUUACAUGGUCAACUCCGCCAGCGAGUCUCUGCCAGCUUACACUUUCGGUGUUCGAGAGAUCAGAGUGCACCCUUAUUUUAAGUUCACGCCGCAGGCGGAUAGAUUUGAUGUAGCUGUGCUUCGAUUGGACCGACCGGUUCAUUACAUGCCUCAUAUAACGCCAAUUUGUCUACCAGAAAAGAAUGAAGAUUUCCUGGGCCAAUAUGGCUGGGCUGCGGGAUGGGGUGCUCUACAAGCAGGCUCCAGACUGCGACCUAAGACACUGCAGGCGGUGGACGUGCCCGUGAUCGAUAAUCGCGUCUGCGAGAGGUGGCAUCGUACCAACGGCAUCAACGUUGUCAUCUACGACGAGAUGAUGUGCGCCGGUUACCGUGGCGGCGGUAAGGACUCGUGUCAGGGCGACAGCGGCGGCCCGUUAAUGCUGGAGAAAACCGGUCGAUGGUACUUGAUCGGCAUAGUGUCUGCUGGUUAUUCCUGUGCUCAACCGGGUCAACCGGGGAUCUAUCAUCGCGUGGCCAAGACCGUCGACUGGAUCACGUAUGUCAUAAACUCGUAGCAUGCCGUCGAUCAGCGGAGGAAGCGCAGGGUCAAUAGACGCCUUUCGCCGCGGACUUUGCAUGACACAAAGUUCAAGCAUGGGAUACUCCAUGCCGAGAGUGACUUCAGGAUCCGCGAUCGCGCCUGAGAACGUGCGACGCAGCGACGGGAAAGUUUCGAUGAGACGCUAGUUCGGACGAUUCUUCAUUAAAGACUAUACCUAACGAAAUUAUAGCCAUUUUUACUUAUAUAUAUAUGCGAAAAAUCACUUAGGUGAAAUCUACGUUUAGAAUCGACGUGGGAAGCGACGCGGCGCGAUUAGUGCGCUCGCGAGCGUAACAUCGAAUUUUCGUGAAUAUUGUUUCAGAGACGGAUAUAGAGAAUUGACGCUCCCUAUUAACACAGAUAUUAUAUAAGUAUUUCCAUGGACGCAAGCGGGUGCCGCCAGUGUGAUGUCGUAAUUUUACCGAA